UUCUAUUUCAUGAAUUUUCAAGAUUUUCUGCCAAACCAAACAACGCCUGAAAGCUCUCCCCUUUCCUUUCCCCACUUAAUUUUCCCUUUGCUAGAGAGUUCUCUCCGACAGACAGAUAACACUACUAAUAAUACCCUUGGAAGUGUAAGGUCAAUCCUCUAAUCACCGGUCAAGGUUGAUAACAGUGGUUUCGAAUUCAUCUAUAGAAAAUGGGCAGUGACGAAGAAGAUUUCGUGUUCUUCGGGAAGCCGAUUGAGCGAGAAGAAGACAACUCCAGCCGCAAGAAGAAAGCCCUCGCUGAGGCUACCGGUCAAUUGCGAACCCUUCCAUCUUGGAAACAAGAGGUCAGAGAUGAAGAAGGGAGAAGAAGAUUCCAUGGAGCAUUUACAGGAGGUUAUUCUGCUGGUUACUAUAAUACUGUUGGGACUAAAGAGGGAUGGACUCCACAAUCAUUUACGUCAUCCAGGAAGAAUAGAGCUGAAGUUAAGCAACAAAAUAUUAUUAACUUCUUGGAUGAUGAUGAGAAAGAGGAAAUGGAAGGCCGCUCCUUGGGGACAUCUAUGCAGUUUGAUACAUUUGGAUUCACAGCUGCCGAACUUGCUCGCAAACAAGCUGAGAAGGAACAGCAACAGAGACCGUCAGCUAUUCCUGGACCUGCUCCAGAUGAAAUUGUUCUUCCAGCCACUGAUUCUAUUGGUGUAAAGUUGCUGCUGAAAAUGGGAUGGCGGCAUGGUCAUUCAAUAAGGGAUUCACACCCUAAUUCAUUGUAUGAUGCUCGCAGAGAAGCUAGAAAAGCUUUUCUGGCAUUUUCUUCUGAUGAUACAACCAACCAGCUUACGCAUCCUGAGGUUGCUAAGGUUGAUCUUGAAAAUGUUAUGGAGCUACCCACUGAUGGUGUUAAUCAGGUUUCUCAGAGUACACCGGUUUACGUAAUCAAUCCAAAGCAGGACAUGUAUGGUUUGGGCUAUGAUCCUUACAAGCAUGCUCCUGAAUUUAGGGAAAAGAAAAGGUCACGCUUAUCCGGGAAUAGGGAGCUGGCCCAUAAAAAACCUAUCUCAAUGAAAGAUAGUCUUCUUGGUGUCAAAUCAGGAAGGGUUGCUACUGGUUUUGGCAUUGGGGCACUUGAAGAGCUUGAUAUUGAAGAUGAGGAUGUAUAUACAGCUGGUUAUAACUUUGAAGAAACUUAUGUUCAAGAAAUUGAAGAGCCUUCAACUUUGAGAUUGGAAAAUAAGAAAAAGUUCAGUGGAAAAGAACUAGGUGUUCUUCCUGGUUUUAAAGGUGCAUCAAAUUCUGACUACCAGUUGGAAAGGUUUGAUCCUCCAGUUGUUCCGAAGGAUUUUGUACCCCAUCAUAGAUUUCCAGCUCCUCUUGAUACUGACAACAAAGUUGCUGAUGCCCCUCCCCCAGAGAUUCCUCCUCCAGAGGAUAACAAUCUAAAAAUCAUGAUUGAAGGGGUUGCAACUCUAGUGGCUCGCUCUGGCAAAUUAUUUGAGGAUCUCUCCAGAGAGAAGAAUCAAUCGAAUCCAUUAUUUUCUUUUCUUAAUGGAGGAAAUGGCCAUGAUUAUUAUGCAAGGAAGCUCUGGGAGGAGCGACAGAAGCGUAAUGAUCAAACCAAGAAGCAAUUGGAUGCAAAAAUCUUUCCAAGUGUGCAGAAGAUGACAGCAGAGAGCCGUGGCAAAAUUUUAGGAGAAAAACCCCUUGAGAGAAGCUCCAUAGAUGUGAGCUCAUCAGUUACUUCUGCAGAUUCUGCUCAACUCCAAUUCCAUCUUACAGAUACAUUCACUACACCUGCGUCAUUUUGUGAGGUCCCAGAAGCUGCAAAACCUUUUCGAGACGAUCCUGCCAAGCAAGAAAGAUUCGAGCAAUUCCUCAAGGAGAAGUACCAAGGAGGGCUUCGUUCAAAAGAUUCUGCUGGAGCAAGCAACAUGUCAGAAGCUGCACGUGCUCGUGAGAAAUUAGAGUUUGAGUCUGCAGCUUUGGCAAUAGAGAAAGGUAAAUGGGGGAAAGAAAGUGGUUUUUUUGAUCAGAAAAUUAUGGCGCUAUCCCCAAUUUCAGGAUUGCAGUUUACCUCUGGUGCACUUGAGCAAACUAAAAUUAGUCAAGCUGAAGAGUUGAUGAUGAAGAAAAUGUACCCGAAACGAGAAGAGUAUCAGUGGCGACCUUCAUCUAUUCUGUGCAAACGCUUUGAUAUUAUGGAUCCUUACUUGGGGAAGCCACCACCAGCUCCGCGGGUGAGGAGCAAGAUAGAUUCUCUUAUUUUCAUGCCAGAUUCAGUUAAAUCUGCAAAACCGGAAGGAACUGUUGCCACAAAUAGGGAAUCAUUGCCUGGGCACCAAUCAAGUGUUGAAGAGAUAAACAAAGAAGCAAGUGAUGGCGAAAUUCAAGGCGAGGUGCAAGCUGAAAAUGUUGAGAGGCCAGUUGACCUCUAUAAGGCUAUAUUCUCCGAUGAUUCAGAGGAUGAGGAAAAUUCUAGUCCCAAUCAAGUGGAGGAUGCAGAAAAGAAGAUUGAAGCUGCUAAUACCACUUUAAGUCGUCUAAUGGCAGGUGACUUUUUGGAAUCCUUGGGUAAAGAACUAGGCCUGGAGGUUCCCCCUGAUAUGCCACUGCAUUCAGAAAACAAAGCUAGGACAUCAACUACACAGAAAGAAUCUGUCAAUGCUUAUGAGGGAGAUACUAACACCCUGCCAGUUGAGACGCCAUCCGCCCUUAAUGCUGUUAGCGGUAUUUUAAUAAAUCAGGAGGUGCCACAAGGCAAACCACAUCACCAGGAGAUUUCUAAAGGGGGUGGAUCUCAUAAACAUGAGCUUGUUGAUGCUAACACACAUAGAAGUGGCAGCAAAUCAACUGAGACUGGUUCCUCUGUGAAAAUACCUGGUAAAGUUGAACAAAAUGUGUCUGCAGAAAAUAGGAAGGAUAAAAUUUCCACGGGGCGUCGCCAACAUUGGAGUAGCAGUUCAUCAGAAGAUGAAAGGAGUAGAAAACGCUCGAGGCGUCAUCGGCAUCGAAGCAGUAAUUCAUAUAGUGAUACCACCGAUUCGUCUGAUGAUUAUCGAGAUCGACAGCAUUCAAAGUCUAAGGGGAGAAAGAAGGGAUCCUCUCGGGAAAAGAGUAGCAGCAGAAAACACUCAAAGCGCAAGCAUGGAAGCAAGGACUCGCCCAGCAGACAUUCUCGCUAUGUUAAUGAGAGAGAACAUUCAGAAGCAAAGAGGGAGAAGCGUAGAUAGACUGAGGAAGAAUCUAUGCUGAGCACGAUAUCAGAUUGGAAAUAUUUCAUCUGGAUAUCUUCGCAGAAGAACCACAACAAUUGGAAAGAUAGUUUCACAAACGUUACUUCGUUCCAGUCUACGGUUGGCGGUUUUGAGUAGCCACUACUAGAGAUUAGUUGAUGGGAAUUCCUUAUUUGUCUUGCUCUAUAUCGAUUGGGGGCUGACCACAAUCAGAAGAACCACAUAAUAGAGGGAAAUGCCAUUUAAUCUUAAAGCAAAACCUCGUCAACAUCUUUAAAUGCCAAUACAAAUAGAUUUCAAGUUCUGAAAAUAAGGUGUGCUUCAUCAUAUACCUGUUAGUGUUAUAAAUUUUGCUGUUGAAACAUUUAUGGUUGAAAUCUUAUAAUGGUGAAGAUCUUGUAAACGUAUCUUGCUAUUGUAAAAGAUAUGUGAAUGUUGAAGAGAAAAGGGGUGUAAGCAAAAAAGAAUCGGAGAACCCAAUUGGAUACUUAUCAAAAGGUGCAUUUACAAAAGUAGAGCUGCAGAUUUGGCGGGUUUUUGUUGAGGCGUGCUCAGUAUUAGAUGGAGUUGAUCUCCUGCUUCAAGAUGAAGGGAAGUUGGUUUGAGCUAAUCAUAUUGUCCGAAAUAGGGCGAUUUUGCCUUUUCAUUUAUAUAUGCGUGACACCCUUUCUUUCCAUCAACAACGUCUCCUCGUAAACCAUGAUAAAGAGUGUAUUUUAUUUAUAUAUAUAUAUUUAAAUGUAGUGAGGAAAAGUGAUUUUGUAGUAGUGUACUGAUUUAGAUAUCCAUGGACGCGUAUUGAUAAAAAUUGUUCGCACAACAUUUGCAGUGGUCAAAAGGUACGGAAAUGGCCCAAAUGGGGAAGUCACGUAUAUACCCAUGUUACCUACCUUCUGUCAUUCUAAUUUUAUUGAUUUCUUAGGUCUAGCAACCCAAAUAAAAGAUCAGUAGAGCUACACAUGUUGCCA